CCUCGCGCAGUAGAGAACAACGUCCGAGGCGUGCGUUCGACUCGCGGGACCCACUCUAGUUCAUUAUUGAUGCAAAAGUUCCACGAUGGUUGAUCACAACGAGAAAUUGUUGCAGGAGUUGCUAAAGAAACCCGGAAAUAAUGUGUGUGCCGAUUGUGGAAGCGAGGAUCCAGACUGGGCGUCAUACAACCUGGGUAUAUUCAUCUGUAUGCGAUGCGCGAGCAUACACCGAGGCAUGGGUGCGCACAUCAGCAAAGUCAAGCACCUAGAGUUGGAUCGGUGGGAGGAUUCCCAAGUACAGCGAAUGAAGGAAGUCGGUAACAUCGCCGCAAAGAAUAAAUAUGAAGAACGAGUACCUCCUUGCUAUAGACGACCGACGAAGAACGAUCCCCAGGUUUUGAUCGAACAAUGGAUUCGUGCUAAGUACCAACGCGAAGAGUUUUGCCAUCCGGAGCGACAGAACUACCUAUCCGGCUCCAUGGAAGGGUUCUUGAUGAAGAGAGGCAAAGAAGACAGCAGAUACCAGCUGAGAAAGUUUGUCCUUAACGAAAACGAGGACACAUUGAAGUAUCACCACGCUUCUGACGGCUGUGGCCGUGCUACGGGUUGUCUCGGUCGGAUUUUCGAACGUCUCCGACUCAAAAACUUGGGUCGUUUGAGGUACCAUGUUAAGGAAAACAAGGAGCCUAAAGGUGUCCUAAAGCUGUCCGAGCUGAACGUUUCUUUCGCUCCCGCCAAAAUGGGUCACAUGAACUCCAUGCAACUAACCUUUAUGAAAGAUGGAUCCACGCGACACAUCUAUGUUUACCAUGACGACCCGGAAGUUAUAAAUGGCUGGUAUACAUCAAUCCGCUGCGCAAAGCUCCACCUACUGCAAGUGGCGUUCCCGUCAACACCCCAGUCGGAUCUCAUACUGCGUCUGCCUAAGGACUUUGCGCGCGAAGGCUGGCUGUGGAAGACUGGACCUAGACCUUCCGACGUGCACCGACGUCGCUGGUUCACCCUCGAUAACAGAAAGCUGAUGUACCACGAUGAACCUCUGGACGCGUAUCCCAAAGGCGAAAUAUUUAUCGGCCACGAAUCUAGCGGUUACCAUAUCAAAGUUUCAAACACUGGCAACGGCUGUAAGGAAGCCCGGUUUCCCUUCCACUUAGUGACGCCUGAGCGGACAUUCUGCCUAGCCGCUUCAACGCAUGAAGACCGAGCCGGCUGGCUGGCGGUGAUACAGCAGACCCUGAAAAGACAACUCACACCACAGGAAUCCACAAUUGAAGCAACUCUCGUUCGCAAGCGCACCUCUUCAAAUUCUAUCAGCAUAUUCUCAGGGAGGUAGUUUAAUUGUUUUAAUUUAUUUUAUAAGCUUAAAUCACACUGUAACCUAUAGAUAACGUUAUAUUUCGAUUGCUUUAUAUUGUAUACAAUAUUUAUCUAUGGAAAUUAAAUUAUGU